GCGAUGUAAACAAUAUUUAUAACCUCAAGAAAAAGUAUAGGAAAGAACGAAAAUAGCCGGGUUUUCAACUGAAGUUUCAAUUAAAUCAAGACCAGAAAAAGCUUUAGUUUACUUUAAAAAUGCCGACGUGGAAUCAGAUUCAAUCUCAGCUCAGGAAUCCCAACAAUCCGGUUGUAUUCUUCGAUAUUUCUGUCGGAACUACUGACAUUGGUCGCAUGAUUUUUGAAUUAUUUGCCGAUGCAGUACCAAAAACAAGCGAAAAUUUCCGCCAAUUCUGUACAGGAGAGUAUAAGAAGGACGGUGUUCCGUUGGGUUAUAAAGGCGCGAAUUUCCAUCGAGUUAUUAAGGAUUUCAUGAUUCAAGGCGGUGAUUUUGUUAAUGGUGACGGUACUGGGGUAAUGAGUAUUUACGGAGGCACAUUCCAAGACGAAAAUUUCAUAUUGAAACACGACUCUCCCGGGCUUCUCUCGAUGGCAAACAGUGGAAAGGACACGAAUGGAUGUCAAUUUUUUAUUACCUGUGCGAAGUGCAACUUCCUGGACAAUAAGCACGUAGUGUUCGGACGAGUGCUCGAUGGGCUGUUGAUAAUGAGAAAGAUCGAAAAUGUUCCAACUGGACCGAACAAUAAACCAAAAUUACCAGUGACGAUAUCGCAAUGUGGACAAAUGUAGAAAUAAAAAAAAGCUUUUUAUAUAUUAA